GCUGUUCAGCACCUUCUCACUGGAAGGCUGAAGCUACUGGUUUGUGCUGAAAAGAAAUAAAACAAGAUAUUCUACAAAAGAUACUAAACAUCACCAUGAAGCUGCUGACUGUGUCUGCACUACUUUGUGCAAUGCUGGGUCUGACGACUGCUGCUGGACAACAUCAUGUAGAGAAAAGAGCCAUAUGUUGUCCCCAUGGCUGGAAUAAGUACGGCUACCGAUGCUUCCGUUAUUAUUCGAAUCCUUUGAACUGGGCUGAGGCUCAGAGAGCCUGUGAGUCUGUGAAUGCAAACCUGGCAUCCGUACGCAAUAUCAGGGACUACUACUUCAUUCGCAAGGUUAUAUAUCAUGCCACUCAUGCCAAUGGAGAAACAUGGAUUGGAGGCUCUGAUGGACAAGUGGAGCGUUACUGGUUUUGGAUCGAUGGAACUCGCUUCAGUUAUACACGCUGGUGUCGCACACAGCCUGACAACUUUUCAGGCAAUCAGAACUGCAUGACAAUGAACUGGCUAGGAAAAGACUGCUGGGAUGAUCAGCACUGUGGCAUCAGACACCCAUACGUCUGUGUCAAGAACAUGCUUUCGUUCUUAGGCUGACAUGAAGGCAUCUGGCAAAGAAGCAACUUUUACAUCUUGACUUAUUUUCUUUCGCUAAACUUUGUUUUCCAGAACAAAUUGUUCUCUCUCUGCUUCUGAAAUAAACUAUUAAGCUUUGA